AGAUAGUUUCACAUGACCAGCAAGCCAAGAAAUCCCUGGCGAAUGCAAAAUCCGACUGAGCAAAUAAUAAACGCUGAACAGUAACGUUCCCCAAAACAGGCAUUUAUACUCAUUCAAGGACACAACCAAAGGUGAGCUUGUUGCCUCGGCUAUGGCUCCUGCUGCUGACGGGAAGUUGACAGGUCUGCUGGCGGCCACCUUCACCCCCUUCACCGCGCAAGGUGAAGUCAACUUAUCAGUGAUUGGACCUUAUGUUGACUACUUGACAGAAAAGCAAGGUGUAAAGGGCAUAUUUGUCAAUGGCACCACAGGAGAGAGCAUGUCUCUCUCUGUUGCAGAGAGGAAGGUCCUGGCAGAGGAGUGGUGUCUGAGAGCGAAGGGAAGAAUGGAUAGCGUGAUUGUACACGUUGGAUGCAUGAGCCUGAAAGACUCCCAGGAUCUGGCUCGUCACGCGGUGGAGAUUGGAGCUGAUGGGAUUGCGGUCAUUUCUCCCUCCUUCUUUAAACCCAAAACUGCAGAAGCGUUGAGGCAAUUCCUGCAGGAAGUCGCUAGAGCUGCUCCAAGUCUGCCCUUCUACUAUUACCAAAUCCCAUCGUUCACUGGGGUAAAUGUGCCGGUGAGAGACGUGAUAGAAAACAUCGAGGAGCUCAUUCCCUCCUUCAGAGGAGUGAAGUUCAGUGGCAGCGACCUGCUGGACUUUGGCCAGUGUGUCAGCUACAGCCAGCCUCACUGGUCAGUCCUGUAUGGUGUGGACGAGCAAUUGUUAGCAGCUCUGGCAAUGGGAGCUAAUGGAGCUGUUGGAAGCACAUAUAACUACAUGGGAUGCUACGUAAACCAGCUGAUUUCAGCCUUUGAGACUGGAGAUCUGGUGAAAGCCCGAACCAUCCAGUUCAAAAUCCAGGAGGUUCUUGGUUAUGCCAUAAGACUUGGUUUCGACGUUGGAGUAAACAAGCAGCUGAUGACGGAGGUGUCAGGCUUGUUCCUGGGACCUCCUCGACUGCCGGUGAUGCCGUGCCCUCCCGCUCACGCUCAGCUGAUCAUAAAGAAAUACCACAGCAUUUUUGUCUGAAGGCUGACGGGUGUCAGUUCGGUCAGUUAAACUGUGAGAGGCCAGCCUUUACCUGGUUCAUGUUGAUCAUGCUCACAGUACAGCAACGAUGAAGCUUUUACACAACAAUUAAACAGCAAUCCUGGAUCAGAUCGGCACAUUUAUUCUUGGAAAAACCUUACAAGUUACACAUUUUCCAGCUAAAUUAGUUUUAACUUUUCCUCUCUGCCUUUCAACUCUGUUCUAUUUCUUUUAAUGGACUUUCUCUGUAAAUGUUCAGAGUAGGGACUCUUUUCAACUACAUGAAUGAGUGAUGAUGAGUGCAUUAAAAUGGAAAGGCUUCCAUAUUUUACCUCUAUUAUUAAAAAAAAAAAGGUCAACAUUUUUGUUUUUAUGUUUGAUUUUAUUUCUUUUAAACCUACGGGUCUGGACUACCCUCAAUUUACUUGAACUGUCAUAGUGAGGACCAUGUAUGAGCAAACAUUUUAUAAAACAAAUAUAUAAAAGUGAAAAAUAAAUCUUACCGAGCUAGUCAUCAGGGAGAAGAUAACAUGUUGCUUUUCACUGUUGUUUAAUGGGCAUUUGUGUUUAUUGCACAUUAAAAUGGAAAUUAACUGAGAUCUGUGUUUUAACACUAAUCAAAAAUUGUUACUAAUAAAUAUUUUUUGGUGAUUCUU